UUUUUCGUUUUUAUUAUAUCAUUUGUAAUAAAUGGCUCGACAGUAAAUUGGAUAACAUUAAGAAAUGAAAUAUGGUUACUUACGAUUGCAAUUGCAAGGAUAUUACAAUCACAGAAGGAAUAUUUGGAGAAAUUUAUGCCGAAUCAGCGGAGGAUAAAAUACGCCGCUAUGGCAACAAAACAUAUUACGAGGAUGCUGAAAGUAAAGGACUCCGAUUAAUGCCAGUAAAAUCAUACACGAUGAUUAAUAAGAAUGGCCUAGAGGUCAUCGUUAUUUCCUGGGGUGGGACGAUCGUUUCUUUAAAAUUUCCCGACAAGUUUGGGUGUGUCGCAGAUGUUGUGCUGGGUUUCGAUGAUUUGAAGAGCUAUACAAAUACCAACAUUAAUCCAUUUAUUGGAUGCAUAUUAGGCAGAUGUGCGAAUCGCAUAAGAGACGGCAGUAUUGUCAUUAAAGGCAAAACUUAUGAGUUAACGAAAAACUAUCUCGGCAAGCAUCAUCUGCACGGAGGUACAAAGGGCUUUGGCCAGCGAUUGUGGGAAUCGCAUAUUGACGGCUGCUCAGUCGUCAUGACUUAUCUAAGCGAAGACGGUGAAGAAGGAUAUCCUGGUGCAGUAUUAAAUACAGUGAGAUUUAGAUUGAUGCCUGAUAAUAGACUAGAAAUAGGUAUUCGAGCGACAACGACGAACUCCACUAUAGUGAAUAUCUCGCAUGGUUCUUUAUUCAACCUCGCUGGACAUGACGCUGGUAAAAACGAAUUGAUGAAGCAUAGGAUCUCAUUGAACUGCGAUCGCUGGACCUUCGCGGAUUAUACGGACCCAAUACCAACCGGCAGCAUCCGAGGGGUUGGAGGAACCAUUAUGGAUCUGCGUGUACCAAAAUUUCUGGAAAGCUGUAUCGAGAAGGUUCCUCCAGGAGAAGGGUACGACCAUAACUUCUGCGUCACGCCAAAUUGGCACGGGGGUAACGCGUACGUCGCUCAAGUGGUUCAUCCGAAAAGUGGUCGCGUUUUGGAGAUUUAUUCGAAUCAGCCUGGCGUACAGUUCUACACAGGCGGUCGUCUAUGCAAUACCUCCGAGACUGCCAAUAACCCUGCUGCUACAUAUGAUAGCUCAAAUCAUGAAGAGGAAUACGAAGAAGAAAAGGCGACUGAUAAGAUGGAACAAUAUGUGGCACCUGAAGGUGAAUCGCAGGAAUUUAUUUCAGGGAAGCAAGGUGCUCGCUACGUGAAGCACUGUGCUUUCAGUAUUCAACCUCAAAACUAUCCAAAUGCUAUUAAUUAUUCGCAUUUUCCUUGUUCUAUUUUACGUCCCGGAGAAGUCUAUUGUCACGAUAUAAUUUACAAAUUUGGCAUCCAAUUGUCUAAUUACAUGUGACGCGAUUCUAAAUUAAAAAACA